AUGAGUCACGAGACGACCUACACUAACACGGACUGGGACCACAGUGCCGAUGGUGCUCUUCUUGAUGCCGGUGAUAUCACCUGGUUUCACGAUGCUGAUGAUGAUACUCUGCUCCCUACUUCUCGUAUGCCUUUGCCACCCCCUGCCAUCAUGAUUGCUGGCUCACGUCGCUCUGCUCGUGUUCCACGCCCUGCCUCCAAGCUUAUUGACCCCAACAAUGCUGUCUUGGGCAAACGCAAAGCUACUGGACAGCGAGUGGUACUUACUGAGGAUGAAUCUGAAGAUGCAGUUGCCGAAGACCCUGAGUGGGAUGACGCCGACGAAGUACUAACUGAUGCAGGUACUGCAACUGACAUGGAUACAUGUACUGAUGACGACACCCCAUCAACAUAUCAACAAACUAAAGAGAUGGGUGACGCAGACCGUGAGGGUGCCAAACGGCGUAAAAGUGACUUGACCGCCGACAUUCGUACAAUAUUCACUCGUGAGUCGAACACUAUCAACUUCGAUACUGGAAAGGAAGAGGAUGGGCACUGGUGUGAGGUCUGCAAGGCAAAUGGUCUUGCUUGGAAGUUUAGUUUUUUGAAGGGCAGUGUCACUUCCCUUCGAGCUCAUAUUUGGAGGCAUAAGGACCACACAAAGCUCUACAAAGAUCGAUGCUGCAAGCGUGGAAUCCAGCCACAUAUGCGUGCAUUACCUGCGGAUGAUGUACCCUCUAAUCAGAAGACAUUGGACAGCGCAGUUAUCGGGUGGUUUACAGCUGACAAUGCGACGAACAACGAUUCAGCCAUCAAUGGUCAUUUUUCACAGGCAAUUGGACCUACGAGCAGCUCGAAACUUGGUGCUGGCAACGACAAUGACAACGAUGAUGAUGACGACAAUUCCGACACAUCUGAUGCACUCGGGAAGGCUCUUGCGCUCAUUGUGCAGAUCCGAAAGUCACCUCAAGCUCGUGCGUUUUUCCGCCAAUCAUGCGCUGAGGUCAAUGUGCCUGUCCUUGAGCUUCUACAGUGGGUCCGGACUCGGUGGGCCUCACUCUUCACAUGCCUCACUCGCCUUCUUCUGUUGCAGAAGGGUGUCAACCGCUUCGUACGUCUUGCUGAUGACAGCGAUGAUGUGCCGAACUUGCGAAAGAAGCAGUAUGCUGACUUCAAGUUAAGUCAAAGUGAUUGGGUCCAGCUUUCGCUUCUCCGAGAAGUCCUUCAGGAGCCUGCCAACGCUACUCAAAGUUUUUCUAGCGCAAAGAAUCCAACAGUCUGGCGAGCAAUUCCAGUGUUGGAGUUCUUGCAGCAAAGCUGGCAAAAUAUGGCAGAUGACGAGAAGUUCUCCAGCAUUGCUGACGCAUUACAAGCUGGCCUUGAGAAUUUGGGGAAGUGGAGCCGGAAAACGGACGAGACGGACAUGUACUUUAUUUGCUUGGCUCUAGAUCCUAACUACAAACUCGAGUACGCACGAGCACAAUGGGACGCAGACGCCUUUGAUGAAGGGAAGAAAAAGCUUGAAGCUGCAUUCGACUAUUAUCACGCGCCGGUUACACCUCAGCCCUCACCAUCCGAACCCAUUCCAUCAGCGUCCAGUCAACCACCCACACAAUAUGGGCACUCGUGGAUGCGAUCAGCGAUUCUAGCUCACCAAUCAUCUGAAAAAAGCAUCGCCGAUCCACGUCACGAACUCGCCCUAUACUUAACUAGCCCAUUGGAGGAGGUGGCUGAUGUGGUUCGCUGGUGGGGGUCUCUUUCGCAUGCAUCGAGUCGGAGACGUUCAGCGUCCGAACGCCAAACUGAACGUGAACUGAAUGUCCCGAACGCGUUUGACUACGUUCGGUCCAGCGUUCAGCAAAAUUGCCGAACCGAACGCAACGUCCAGUUCAGCAUUCACCAAUUUUCCUGGUGA